UUUUUUUUUUUUUGUCUAUCUAGUGUUUGUCCAAGAAAUAAUUUAUUUUUCAUUUUUGGUGUACAGGAAGACUGGAGGCUGAACCUAGAACUUCACACAUGCUACAUAAACAUGGUACCAUUAAGAUGCACCCCCCCUUUCUUUUGAGAUCUAGUCUCAGUAAGUUACCCAGGUUGGCCUUGAGCAUACCCUGUGCUACUCGACCCAGCUGUUUCUGAUCUUCUGAGUUAGUCAGUUUUAGGAGCUGGUUUUACCCCUUCUGCUGUCAUGAACCGUAAUGUAAGUAUCUGAUGAGCUACCCCUGGGAAGGAGUCAUUUGGUCUCUGAAGGGGUUGUGACCCACGGGUUGAGAACCACCACUCUACAGACAACUGUACCGGAACCGUUUCAGGACCUGCGCAGAUGAGAACCUCCACUCUAGAAGUGUGUUUUGCUCGUGCCCAGGGUAUCCAGCUCUCUACUUACUACUGGCUGGCUCUCACUUUACACCCUUCUCAGUGUCUUCUGCCAGGCGCCGUGGGUGUGUCCGGCGAGAACUGCUUUUGCACACACUCACUUUAAAAGACAAAAGUUAGCCAUGAGUGAGGCUGAGGGGUGAUGUUCACUUGGCAGACUCGAGUCUCCACGAACAGCCAUUGUUAACAUACUCCUCGCUCCGGUGCCAGACACGGUCUGAGACGCGUUAGCUUGGUUAAUGCUCUCAAGAGUCUCACAUGCUCUUGUGAGCGUCUCCGUGUCACAGUUGCUGAGGACAAAGCUCAGUGAGGUUGAGCCACUUGCUUUGGAGCACGUGGUUAAGUAUAGGAGAGGCCUUGAUUGGGGCAACCCUACUUUACACUCUUUGCUCAUAGGCACAAAAUGGUUCCUUCUCGAGGCAGGUGCAAGUGACGACCAGAGUUUCAACGUGUGUGUAUGUGCGUGCAUGCGUGUGUGUGUGUGUGUGUAUGCUAGGGAUUAAACUCAGGCCUUGAGCAUGGUAGGCAAGUGUUUUAUCUACCCCUAAGCCAUGCCCCUACCAUGUUCAACAAAGCAUCAUGUAUGACUUUGGUUGCAUUGGUAUUUUUCACCCCACUCCCCGUUUGCUUAUUCAACAUUGGCUGGCCCCUUUAAAGAUUCUAGGAACUUGAUGAAAGCCCCUACCCUUCCUAUAUGGCUAAAAAAAAAAUCCCAUAUUAAAUAUAACUUUCUUUACUAUAAAUAUUUUGGAAGACUUUUUUAAAAAUAAUUUUGCCUUUGCAGUGAUCUAGCUAUGAACAACUUAUUUAAUUCACAAUUUACUGUGAUUUCUCAUUCACACUUGGGAUUCCUGUGAAGUAAUUACGAAAACCUAAAAUACAGAUUGUUUCCAAGCGUAAUGAAAUUCUUGUGAAUAAUAAUUUAACAAAUGAGGUUGGCAUGUCACUUUGUAGACAUUUAAUUAGACGUUUAUUGAUUACGAGUCUGCCAUAUUCUUUUUUGUAGCUUUGAGCUAAACAUGCACACAGAGACACACUGGCGCACACACGGUCUCUCUCUUCUGGUCUUGGACCCUUCUCUUUCUCUCGAGUGACACGUGGCCCCUGGCCGUGCCAUGGAUGGGACUUGCUGAAAUGGCCAUGUUCCCAGAGCUACCAUAGCUGUAAGGAUCUACAGCUGGUGCUAGAGAGGGAGAAUAUUGACUCUCUCACUAGGUGGGAGGUGGGAGGCUCCUCUUGCCCAGAUGUCUUGACUCACUGGCUUCUGGGGGGUUUUGAUUGGAAUUACAGAAGUAUUAAGCAGGGAGGGUGUGUUGGUGCUAUGAUAAGUGUCCCCACUCCACCCUGCCCCACGCCCAGAGGCUUCAGUUUCCUGUCUGUCCUUACAGGACAUCUAUUUCUUUCCUGGGGUGAGGGAGACCCUGCCAUGCCUAUUCACUGUUGUUUGUUUUUAAAUUUUUUUUCCUUUUUACCUUGUUAUAUACCCAAGACUGGCCUUAAACCCCCAUCCUCCUGCCUCUGUCUUCCCGAGUGCUGGAUUACAGGUGUGAGCUUCCUUACCUGGCUUAUACUUUAGCCUGUUAGCCUCUGUGUCAUCUGGUCUUGGCCUUGUGUGGCUGCUUUUUUCUUUCACCGUGCAGGCUAUCAGCAAUGUGGAAGAACUUGGAGGUGGAGAAUCCCUUUGGGAGUCAUAUGUGUUGGGGUUCUCAUCCCAGCUCUGGCACUUACUGCAUAUGACUUUAUGCAAACCAGUUAAGCUCCCCAAGUGUCCAUUUCUUGUUCGUAAGGGAUAAUAGAAGCAUCUGCCUUCUAGGCGCUAUUCUGAGCUGGCUGUUUUUGCACUCUGUGGAACCCAUAGCUAUCUGAACGCAUUUCUUAUGAUUUCCCUCAAAUGCCCUUGUAGAGGCAGCAUCUCUGGGGCUGGAGCUGCUCUCUAGACCUCCAGUUACCACUGGACCCCCAUCCUCAGUUCUCCACCUGGGAGCUACGUAACCUUCCAGGUCAUUGAUCUUCCUGGGCGGAAGCUAAAACAGCUCUAGGCUAGCAGUUACCGUGUGCACACAUCUCUGCUCCAUUUAGAGGGGGCAGGCUUUAUGUCCCAACAAAGCCUUGCUCUCUGCUACUCUAGCUCUCUUAGACACUAGUGAGAUGUCCGCACAGCCUGGAGUGGACGCUGGUGUUCGGAGGAUCCAGCCCCAGCAGGUGUCAGGAGACAGGGCACACUCCCUCCCUUCCCCAGCUGAGGUUCAGGCAGUGCUUUUCCCAGAGAAAAUCUCUUCACAGGACCUCUUCCGUCCAUCCUUUGGGUGAGGUCGAGGGGUAAGAGUUCCCAGCCAAUUCUCAGGUAUCUGUUGGGGUUCUCGAGUGAGACACAUCCACAGUCACUGGUGUUUUUCCAUCUGAGCAGCUGUACCUCAGGACAUGGUGGCCAUAAUCCCGCUCAGUCCUUGUUGUUGUCUUUAUGGAAAAGUCCUGCCGUGACCUCCGCUCCACAUCUUAGGAAAGGCAUGCAGGACUUAUUGACAGUCUCACUGCAAAGAGGCAGCGUUGGGAUGGAUCACUCACGUGGCUGAAGUUAUUGGGUGGUGGCCCAUGUCUGGGAGUGGCUGCUGACAGUCAGCUGAACCCUCUCUCUGUGCUCUCCUAUCUUCUGGGAGGCUGGCAAGCUUCUCAGUGCAAUGGUCCCAGGUUCUGAAAGCAGUGGGGUGAAAUCCACAGACCCAGGGCUGGGCUUGGAAGUCCCCAGUUGUCCUUUUACAUUGUGUGUCGGAGCAACCUACAGGUCCAUUCCAGAUCUAAGGAUCAGGGAACAAUGGCACACAAAGUGGGUGAAGGGGGCAAAGGGACACAGCUCCUGGGUUUCAGUGGAGAACCAGAAGAUAGUUAACGUCAUGACGUGGGCUGGGGACCCUAAACCAUGUUCUGAAGCACUUGUCCCUACUGAAGCAUGCUGUCCCCGGGAAAGGCCCAGGUGGGAAUGAUACCCCUUGAGUGGCACAUGCCCAUGGGUGGGAGACAGUGUGCAGGUAGUGGGGUGAGCAUGCAGGGUUGACACGUGUCGAGAGAGACUGAAAUGACGACAGCUCUCUAGACCAGCUAUUCACUUACCGACGGUUGCAAUUUCUCGAGGACGGCGGUACCAUUUUUAGCUGUUAGAAUUCAGUUAAUUAUAUUGCUGUGAACUAGUAAAAUAAUUAAUAAAUGUUAACACUUGCAUGCCGUCUUAAUUAAGAAAUAAAUGCCUUUGAAUGAAAAAGUGCCUUCUGGCUUACCUGGUAAUUAUCAACGUACUGAAAUCACCCUUUAGAAGGCAGCCUCUAAAGAACUAUGGCACGAUCAGCCAUCAGUCGCGUCUGCCUGGGUGAGUCACGGCUGUAUCUGUCCUUGGAAUUCCCAGUGUCAGGCAGGUAAGGAGAGGAGGGGGACAGUUUUUACCUCCCCUAGUGGGCUAGCAAUGUCAUCAUUAUGUAAGCUGGGGUUCUAGAUAGAUAGUUCUGCCUCAAACCCUAUCUCCUAACAAUCCCUUUUGUUGCCUAGUUCAUUUAAAAAAAGAUAAACAACAGCUAUCAUGUUGUGAAAGUAACCUGUUUAUGACUGACCAUGUGGGAACAUGGGAACUUUUAGGGCCAGGAGCUAAAUCUCUCUGCCUUGCCACCCUCCCUCCCUCUUCCCUCCUCCUCUCCUUUUUCUCCUUCCCCAUCCCUUUCCUUCCUUCCCUUUUCCCCUGACUCCUUCUGUCUCUCUCCCUCCUUCCUUUCUUCCUUUUCCCCUUUAACGUUGUAAAAUGUAUCAUGGUUGAGAAAAAUGUAUAAAAUGUAAUGGGGAGGUUUUUGACAAACAUUCAGAGCAAAAACAGACUCUUGGACUCCAUAGUGGAGAACAUGCCUAGAGUGCCUGAGGCCCCGGUUUCAGUUCCCAGCACCGCAGACACCCAGACUCCCUCCAGCAUCCCAGGAGCCCCUGGACAUCCCACCUGCCUAAAAGCCGCGAUGCUUCCCCCAGACUAAAUGCCCCAAGAACAUUAAAUCCACCCAUUUCUGCAGGCCGAGGGACUACUUGCCAUCAACCCACCAUCUGUCCUAGAAUGAAGAGUGGCCCCAGCCUCUUCCUGGCCAGUCUGCUUUCUUUCUUCUCAUAGGUCCACACGGGUGAGGGGUAAGGAUGAUCCCUGCCUUCUCAUGUUACCGUCCUCUCAUUUUCAUGACAUAUCCUCCAGGAGCAUCAUCAAGUAUGUCUGGUCCCAUCUGGCAUCCAAAGUGACGGAGUAGGUCCAUGCUGCCACCCUUCACCCUAUGCCUGCUUCGCUUCCUUUUCCAAGGGCUGAGGAGUCUGCUGAAACCAUCGGUCAGAUAAUCGCCUUCGAUGAGCUAAGGACAGAUUUCAAGAGUCCCAUAGACCAGUGCAACCCUGUCCAUGCGAGGGAGCGGCUGAGGAACAUCGAACGCAUCUGCUUCCUUCUGAGAAAGCUGGUGCUGCCGGAGUACUCCAUCCACAGCCUCUUCUGCGUCAUGUUUCUGUGUGCACAGGAGUGGCUCACCCUGGGGCUCAAUGUUCCUCUGCUUUUCUAUCACUUCUGGAGGUAUUUCCACUGUCCAGCAGAUAGCUCAGAACUAGCCUACGACCCACCAGUUGUCAUGAAUGCCGACACCUUGAGCUACUGUCAGAAGGAGGCCUGGUGUAAGCUGGCCUUCUAUCUCCUCUCCUUCUUCUACUACCUGUACUGCAUGAUUUACACCUUAGUGAGCUCCUAACUCAGACCCUGCUGGUGGAGAGACCAAGGCUGGGAACCACUGCGGUUGUGGCUAGCGGAGCACCAGGUGGGGAUGAUGAAGAGACCCGGCUGGCAGAGACUGAAUGGAAGGAACGGAGUUGCACCACGGACAGGGCCGUGUUACCCAUGCAUAUGCGUUUCUGCCUUCGCCUUUCACCUCCCACAUGGGUUGCAGAGCCCCCCUGAGCAUGGGGGUGGCAGCCUGUAGCUGAUGAAACAUUCAACCUCCGGAGAUGCGGUUACUUUCUUCAUCCACUUCUUCAGUGGGCAGCAGAACGGUACGAGUUCACGAAGAGCUCGACCAGAGGGUAGAAAUGAGGCCAGAAGCCGGGAAGGUGUCGAUCAAGGAACAGAAUGGCUCUGGGUCAGUGCCAGAUCUUCAGGGAUGGCUGAGACCCACAAGGACACCAUGGGCUGCCCAAGACUCUUGUCAUAUUUUUUCCAGAGCUGUGGCCACAUGCUUUGCUCAGUGCAAAGCUAAAAGCCGCAGGGACUGCCCUGAGCCACCUCUCAUGUCACUUUUAUGCUUUGUCUGGGAGCCUGAGCAUUGGCUUCCUGAGCUGGGUGUGGGCAGCAAGUCCUGUCCAGUGGGAACUGGGGAGGGGAGAAAAUGGAUUUCUAAAAUGUUUGCAA